CAGACAUAAAAAAUCUUCAAAUUCUACGUUAACAAUUUAGUCAUUAAAGCUCUAAUCAUAAAAUAUACAUUGAAACAUAACGUAUGAGACACUAAAUGCUUCCCCAUUAAUUUUUACUGAAUACAUUUAACUCAACCAGAACCAACACCUCCAUCAGGUUCGCUUUAAUAAACAAAUAUAAAUAAAAAAUGGCAGAGGAAAAUGUUCCCGCAGACGAGUUCAUUGAGGAUAAUGAAGUCGAUGAAGUAGUUGCUGAAGAUCAAAACAGCAUGCAGCAGGAUUUUGACGAGGAGGGUGAAGGCAACGAUGAUGGUUUCCAAGGCGAAAACUUGGUUGACAUGGUGCCUGAUAUGUCUGUUCAGGGCUUCUUUGAGCACAAGGAUUCUGUAUUCACUGUUGCCAUUAACAAAUCCAACCCCAAUAUGUGUGCUUCAGGAGGAGGAGAUGACUUGGCUUACAUCUGGGAUCGUACAAACGGUGAACGUCUGCAUACUCUGACUGGUCACACCGAUUCUAUUAUUGCUAUUGAAUGGAGCUUUGAUGGCGAGUAUAUCGCUACAGGUGGUAUGGACUCUCAAAUACGUGUUUGGAAAAUGUCCACUGGCUGUGAGUUCAUCGCUGCUUUGGAGACUAGCGAUGAAGUUAUCUGGAUUUCAUGGCAUCCUAAGGGUCAUUUCCUUGCAGCAGGUUGCAAUGACGGUAGCGUAUGGAUGUGGUCUUUGCCUUCUGGUAAGGUCGCCAAUGUCUUCUAUAGUCACACUGCACCCUGUAAUGCAGGCGCCUUUAUCCCACCCGGUGUUGGUAAGCGUCUUGCUACUGUCGAUGACAUGGGUACUGCUAUCGUUUGGAAUCCUGCGUCGGGUGAGGCAGAAGUCAGAUUGACCAGUGAUGAUCAACGUUUUGAUCCAGGAAAUGAAGAAACCGCCGGUGGUUGGGUUUGUUUUACUUCCAAUAAGGAGGGUAACGUUCUGUUUCUGGGCGGAAGUUCUGGUAAAGUGAAGGUUGUGAAUCUUAACAGUCGCACUAUUCUCGCAUCAUUGGAAACACAAACGGAGAGUGUUGAGAAGAUCGCCCUUUGCCCAGUUCUUCCCAUCUUUGCUUGUGCAAGUGUUGAUGGCACUGUCGCGUUAUACGACUCUGCUUCUUUGAAGUUCAGAAAGUCUUUACCUCAUAGCGAAGCUGUUGUAUCGUGCGAGUUUAUUCCAAACUCUCCCUACUUGCUUACUGCCUGUGGCGAUUGUAUUAUUCGAAAAUGGGAUAUUCGUACAGGACAGUUGUUGGCAGAAAUUAGCGGUCAUCAGGAACCCAUCCUGUGCAUGGCUGUCGCGCCUGACGGCAAACAAGUGAUUUCUGGUUCGGACGAUAAAACAGUUUUGGUGUUCAAUUGCGAAUAAACUUAGUGUACGAUUUUGUUUAGGAUUUUGUUUUAAAAAAAGUUAUCAUUUUCUUUUAAGAAUAUUUACCAUGCUGCUCAUUUUUCAUUUAUCAUUCAUGAAGUAGUCUAUUAGAAUACGAGGUACACAAGACUGGUAAAUAGACAUUUUUUCCAUCUGCUGUACUAGCGAACAAACAUCAAAAACAUGGAAAAGACUAAGAUACAUAAAGGGUUCCUUUUCACUAAUACCAUUUUUGCUUCAGCAGCUUUAAUCUUACCAUAGGCCGUGUAAAGAUUACACCGAGG